AUGGAAGAAGAUGCCACAAGGCAGCUGUUGCAGAACCGCCGAAUGGAGAUGAUGGCCUACUUGGAGGAUUGGAUGUGGCGCCUUGAAGAGUCCUUGAUGGCGGACCCACGAAGUCUGAACGAAAGACUUGUUGCCACAACGUCAUUGGCAGUCACUACGGGUCCCAGUUCCCUCAAAGAUUCAUAUGAUCGGGCUGAUGAGACGCCAGUCCCUGCAAGCAAUGCAGAGGAGAUCCAAGACCCAGAACGGUCCAGGUCCUAUCAGGAAGCAAAUCGCUUUGGGAGGAUGGAUAGCUACGCGCUGGCCGAGAUCGCUGAUCGAAAUGUCACCGACGCCUUUGAUCGUAUCGUCAACCAAGCCUUCCGAGGUAGCGGCGGCCUGUCGGCCCGGCCAAGGUGCCAGAAAGUGCAGCAGAAGGUGGCCAUGAUCAUGGACUCUGGUGCGGCCAACACAUUCUUCACCCUUCUCAUCCUCACCAACUCCAUCUAUUUGGGGGUGCACUUGGAAAUCACCGCUCAGAAUUUCGAAUUGUCCCAGAACCCAGUCUUCUUUCAGAUCCACUUGAUCUACGCAAUCAUGUUUACCAUUGAGGCCCUGCUGCGGAUGGUUGGUGCCGGCACUUUCUUCCGAUACAUUUGGGGGCCUAACUGGCAUUGGAAUAUCUUGGACUUGUUUGUGGUGAUCUCCUCAUGGGUGGAGAUGGCUGUGGAAUUUGCCAGUGGAGAGGCAAGGAGCACUAAUACGAAUCUUCGGAUUGUCAGGGUUUUGCGCAUUGGCCGUCUGGCGCGCGUUUUGCGCAUCGUCCGUGUGGUGCGUCUCUUCCGGGCCUUACGGACUUUGGUGGCAUCUUUGAUGGGCACCCUGAAGUCCUUGUUUUGGUCCUUCCUUCUCUUGGGCUUGGUGGUCUACAUAUUUGGGACUUUGUUCCUCGAUGUCAGUCUGGAUUUCAAAGAAGGAAAGGAGCCUGAAAACGUGGAAAUGCUUGCUCUGAACGAGCAUUUUGGUGACCUCAGCAUUGCUUGUGGAACGCUCUUUCGAUCCAUUUCCAAUGGCUUCUCUUGGAAAAUUGCAGCAGACGCCUUGAGACCUGCUGGGGAGUUUUGGUACUGGCUCUUUCAUUUUUAUGUGGCGUUUUGCAGCUUUGCUUUGCUCAAUGUCAUGACAGGAGUCUUCUGCAAUUCUGCGAUCAAAGCAGCCGAAAAUGACACAGAGCUGUUGGUCCAGUCCCUGGUCCAAAUGCGGAAGGAGUUGCGCGAGCAUGUGCUGAACCUCUUUCACAGUAUCGACGAGCGCGGGCUUGGCCGAGUGACGAUCAGCGAUUUCGAGAAAGCCUUCGACACCGAGGCGAUGCAGGCCUUCUUGCAAGCUUUGCAGUUGGGCGCUGUGGAUGCUUGGACACUCUUCACCAGUCUCGACAAGGAUGGGGACUUUGAGGUGUCGGUGGAUGAGUUUACAGAGCGCUGUUUGCAGCUGCAUGGCCCAGCCAAGUCCGUGGAUCUUUUCGCAGUUCGAAUGCAAAAUGCCAAGAUGGACAAGCAGCUUCGCAAGAUUGCGGAUGCACAUGCCCGCUUGGAAUUGCAACUGAUGCAAGAUUGGCUUUGGCGCCUGGAAGAGUCCCUCCAGCUUCCCCAGAGUCCGAAACUUCGGCAGGCCAGCAAGCCCCACUCGCACCACGAGUGCGGUUUCGAGGCCGAAGAGCCUCGGGUGGAGGAUGCGCCGCUCUUCUCGCACGAUUCCGAGGCCGCUCCCGUCCGGGCAAGGUCCAACCGAGAGCUGGAUCACUUCGACAGGAUGGACAGCUAUCAACUCGCAACACUGGCUGAUCGACACGUCUCUGAAGCGUUUGAUCGAGUCAUUGCCCAUUCUUUGAGAGGAAGUGCCGCCCUGAAGGGACGCUCCAUGUGCCAGAAAUUCCAGCAGAAGGUAUCAGCUUGCAUCAACUCUCCUGCAUCCAACAGUAUAUGGACAUUUUUUAUCCUCACCAACUCUAUCUAUUUGGGGGUGCAUUUGGAGAUCACCGCGUUGGACUAUGAUGUGGCACAAAAGCCAGUCUUCUUUCACAUCCACUUGGUCUAUGCAAUCUUGUUCACCCUCGAGGUCAUCCUGCGGUUAAUUGGUGCCGGCAAUUUUUUCCGGUACAUUUGGGGGCCUAACUGGCACUGGAAUAUCUUGGACAUGUUUGUGGUGAUCUCCUCCUGGGUGGAGAUGGCCGUGGAUUUUGCAAGUGGAGAGGCUAGAGCAGCCAACACAAACCUUCGCAUCCUGAGGGUGUUGCGCAUUGGCCGUAUAGCUCGCGUCUUGCGCAUCGUCCGGGUGGUACGUCUCUUCCGGGCUUUGAGGACCUUGGUGGCAUCUCUCAUGGGCACCCUGAAGUCAUUGUUUUGGUCUUUCCUUCUUUUGGGCCUGGUGGUCUACAUCUUUGGCAUUUUGUUCCUUGACGUGGUGUUGGACUACAAAGAGUCGGCAGGGCCUGACAGCAUCGAGUUUCAGCAUUUCAUCGAAAUGUCCAAGCACUUUGGAGUCUUCUGCAAUUCUGCGAUUAAGGCAGCAGAAAAUGACACCGAGCUUAUGCUCCACUCGAUUGUACAAAUGCGGAAGGAGUCGUGUUUCUGGUUUUGCCUUGUUUACCUCUCCUGGGUUUUUAGCCGUGAAGAGGAGUUGCGCGAGCAUGUGGUGAAGCUCUUUCACAGUAUCGAUGAGCGCGGACUUGGCCGAGUGACGAUCAGCGAUUUCGAAAAAGCCUACAACACUGAGGCGAUGCAGGCCUUCUUGCACGCUUUGCAGCUGGGCGCUGUGGAUGCUUGGACGCUCUUCACCAGUCUCGACAAGGAUGGGGACUUUGAGGUGUCGGUGGAUGAGUUUACAGAGCGCUGUUUGCAGCUGCAUGGCCCAGCCAAGUCCGUGGAUCUUUUCGCAGUGAAGCUUCAAAAGCAGCUGAGCUUCAUUACGGAGCAGCUCGGGGCUCGAAGGCAAGCGGCUAUAAGCAAAGUAGCUCCUCAGCUCGGAGAGCAUUCUUUGCAUCCUGAGGAGCUUUCUGGGGGUAGUGUGUACCGUCGAUCCUUCACUACAAUGGAGGAACAUGAAAUGAAGGCUGAGCUGCCAAGUAUGUUGGAUGAAGUCUUUAAGAAGCACAACAGUCAGGUGCUUUCACGGCUGGACACUUGGCUCGAACACUUGGACGCCAAGCUGGACAUUUGGCGAAUGCAGAUUGGCACCCCACACGAUCUCUCGAGCUCGACGUCUGCGGAGGUCCACGUUCGCUUUGGGGAUACGGUCGCCGAACCGGAGCAGCACCAUCUUUCGCUGACUCAUCGGUCCCCUACACCAGAUAGCUAUGACCUGGCAAAGCAGGACGCCUUUGCAAAGCUGGGUUCACACAGCCAGGAUCUGAGCGGGUUGCGUGCCUUGGACCGAGCUGAGCAGGUGGCCGCUCUGGUGAAUUCGCAGGCCAUGGGCAUUUUUUGGGCAUUGGUGAUUUUGACCAAUUCCAUCUACCUCGGCAUCCAACUGGAGUGGAGCGCUCAUCACAGAACCACCGCAUCCAACCCAGUUUUCACCACGGUCCACAUCGUGUAUGCAGCGCUCUUUACAGUAGAAGCUCUGAUGUACAUCUUCGGGAUACUUUUCACCGACGUGGUGCUGAACUAUUUCUUAGAGCAUGCCAGUGAUGGAGAUUUGGAGGAAUACUUUGGGAGCUUGUACCUCUCCAUCCGAUUCGUGCCGCUUGGUUUGGCGGUGGAAUCCGCGCGUGGAUGCUAUGUUUGCUGCCCAAUUGGUUGGCAUAUUGACGAAGGCUUCGGUCAGAUGCCCUCAGGUACAUCCUUGGCUGAACACAGUGCAGCGACAUAUUUGGGGACUGUAGAUCAGCUGUUCCGACAGAUUGAUACCCGCCGAUUGGGACAUGUCACCAUCCACGAGUUCGAGGAACACUUUGAUGAUCAGGCCGUGAGAGCUUUCUUCGACUAUUUGCAGAUUGGUGCGAUGGAUGCAUGGACUUUGUUCGUGAGUUUGGACAAGGAUGGCGACCAUACAAUCACUGCAGACGAGUUCGCAGAACGAUGUGUACAGCUCCACGGUCCUGCACGGUCCGCAGAUUUGUAUUCAAUGAAGCUCUGUCAAGCAUCUCGGUGA